AUGUCUAAAUUUUAUGGUCCUCGUCGCAAAGUCAAGUCCAUUGGCGAAGUUGAAUUUCCUGAGGAAAUAUUAGCUUAUGGUGAGAUUUACGACAAACUUAUCAAUUUAAAUCCCGAAACUGUUUCAGAUUCUCAAACAUAUUUGAAUAAUUUCCUGAAAGCAAAUCCCCAUGAGCUGUACAUGGUAAUAUACCUUAUAUCGAAAAUAUGGAUCUCGAGGCCAAAACAACUUAAACUUUACGCUGAUUUAAUUGUUACAAUCAUGAAAAGCCAUUCUAAAGGCUGUCACUCAAUUCCAAGCUCAUUUUCCGAAGCUUCAUCUUCUAAAGAUAUUUUCAUCGAAAAAUUAAGCCUUUAUUUGCCUUUGGUGCUCGAAAAACGUAAAUGUAAAUUAUUUAAAGCAGAUCCUAGUUACUCGAGUAAUCGCAGUGCUAGGAUAGAAGACUUGUUAACAAUAUACCCUCAAAACACUGCAGGAUUCUAUAUAAUCAACGAUAUGUUACCAGAAAUUCAAACAUUUAUGGCUGAUCCAAAUUAUAAGUUUAACUUGCAACUAGUGUCAACAAUACAUAGUACUCCGAUCUCUCCAAUCGAAUUGGCUGCAAGAUUUGGCUCCAUAAACAUUUUCAAAUUUUUCUUACUCAACAACAUUGAAUUCAGCACUGGAGGAAUGUUCGAUGCCAUUAUUGGCGGAAAUUACGAGAUAAUUCGAACUUGUGAAAAUCUUGGCACAAAAUGCGAAGAUCCGUUCGAAGUUGCAGUUAUGGCUAAUCAAAAUGAUGUUGCUGAUUGGUUCCUAGAAAAUCAAGAGUGUAAAAUCAUUCCUCCGGCUCAAAUAAUUGAAAAUGGAAAUUUAAGGGCUCUAAUCUUCGGAAUUCUUAAUAAAUCAAAGCUGGAUGUGUCCUAUAACCGCCUUGGUUUAUUGGCUCGUGUUUCUGACCUUGGUUCAUUAAAAUUAGCAGAAUAUUCUAUUAAUUGCGGCGCCGAUCCAUCAAAACAGACCACAUCGAAGAAAAUACCACUCUCUUUCGCUGCAAUCAACAAAGAUGUCGAAAUGGCCAAACUUCUCCUUCAACAUAAUUCUCCAGUAAAUUUAACUAAGCGUUCUCCACUCCACGAUGCCGCAGAGUCAGGAUCCGUCGAGAUAUGCAAGCUUCUGAUUGAAAAUCACGCGGAUGUUAAUCAAUUGGCCGCAAAAAGAUGGACACCUUUACAUUUCGCAGCCUGGAACAAUAAUAUUGAUGUUGCGAAGUGUUUAGUUGAUAACGGUGCUGAUAUUAAUGCCAUGGCCUACAAACUUGAGUAUGGAAUGUUCGAAGAUAUGACUCCAAACCAAACACCACUUAUGUUUGCUGCUUUGCAGAAUAACAGGGACUUUGCAUUAUUCCUAGUUGAUAAAGGAGCCGAAAUCGAUGAUAAAUCCCGUAAAUUACUUAAAAUUAGGAAGAAACGAGCUCCUAACGGUACAUGGAAGAAGAAACCAACUGCCAGAGAACAAAUGUUAAGGAUAGCAGAGCUCCAUGGAUUAACUUCGUGGGGACGUCCAUUAUUACCUCCAGGACUCGCAUCUCCACUGGGAACCUUCAAUUUCCCUCCAACUCCGAGAACUCCUCCAUCUGUGACAUCUGUGUCUCCUGUAACAACGCCAGAAAAGACAAAAAUCGAAAUUUCGAAACUUGAAGAUAAAAAAGAAUUCCACUCUAUCAUUAUUCCUGAGAAAAAGAAAACUCCCAAGCUGAAAACACCGGUAAAGAUCGAUUCAAACCCAGUCAAACCAGAAAUUUUUUGA